UAGUAAGGUUCUUGCAUCAACAUUUAUGAGAAAUGUUUUGACACACCAGUCGUUGUCUGACAGUCAAGCUAUACAGGACACCAGGGAACAGUUUGUUCACUGAGGACACACACUCAGAGAGAAGGAUACUAAGCCUACAAUCUUCACUGGGUGAGAACAAAUCAGAAGAUAUGGGAACUUCUGGAAUACUAUUACCAUUGAUUGCCGAAAGAGACUUUUAGAAGAGCAACAACUCAAAGUGAAACCAAACGCUCAAAGUGAUUUACUGCCUGCUGUGUUUUAAGCCUCAGAAAUGGCUGCCCAGCUCGCUCUAGCAGAGCUGGAUUUCUCUUGUCCAAUCUGUCAAGAUGUCUUCAAAAAUCCUGUGGUGCUGUCAUGUAGCCACAGCUUCUGCAAAGCCUGUCUGCAGACCUGGUGGGCAGACAAAUGUAUUCAUGAAUGCCCAGUUUGUAAAAGGAGAUCUUCCAGGACUGAGCCACCGUGUAACUUGGCAUUAAAGAACCUAUGCGAAGCCUUCUUACAGGAACUUUCUCUAGAAGAUAAAGACUCUGCCAAAUCUGAGGCCCUCUGCUCUCUGCACUCUGAGAAACUAAAGCUCUUCUGUCUGGACCAUCAGCAGCCAGUGUGCCUUGUCUGCCGGGAUUCAAAAACACACACCAACCACAGAUUCAGACCCAUCAUUGAAGCAGCACAGGAUUUGACAGAGCAGCUCCGGAGAUCCCUAAAGCCCUUACAGGACAAACUGGAGCACUUUAAUCAAGUUAAAGCUAACUGGGAUCAAACAGCAAAACACAUUUUGGCCCAGAGGCAACGCACAGAGAAGGUGAUCGAGGAAGAGUUUAGGAAGUUUCACCAGUUUCUACAAAAUGAGAAGGAGGCCAGGAUCACUGCACUGAGGAAUGAAGAGGAUCAGAAGAGUCAGAUGGUGAAGGAGAAGAUCAAAGCUCUGAGUGAAAACAUAGCAGCUCUGACAGAAACAAUCAGAGCUACAGAGACAGUACUGAAAGCAGCAGAUGUCUCAUUCCUGCACAGCUACGAAGCUGCAGUGAAAAGAGUCCAGCAGCACCCCCUGCUGGAUGGGCCACAGCUGGCUUCAGGAGGCCUGCUUGAUGUGGCUAAACAUGUGGGUAACCUGGCUUUCAACAUCUGGAACAAGAUGAAGAACAUGGUUACAUAUUCUCCGGUGAUUCUGGAUCCAAACACUGCUUCCCCUUUUCUCAUGUUGUCUGCAAAUCUAACUCAUGUGAGAAAUAUAAAGACAGAACGAGAGAGACAGCUUCCCAGAAACCCAGAAAGAUUUGAAGACUACCCCACAGCCCUGGGAUCUGAGGGCUUUAACUCAGGGACUCACAGCUGGGAUGUUGAUGUUAACAGAAAUGAAAAUUGGGCAGUGGGUGUGAUAGGAGAGUCUGUCCCAAGGCAGGCAGAGAUUCUGAGUGGAUACUGGGAGAUAUGGUUCAUUGAUGGUAAAUACAAAGCCUACUCUCCGCCACGUACAGACAGAUAUCUCUCAGUGGGGCAACCAAUCCAGAGAAUCAGAGUGCAUCUGGACUGGGACAGAGGAAAACUGUCUUUCCUUGAUCUGGAUACUAACAAAAACCUUUACACCUUCUCACAGAAGUUCACAGAGAGGCUGUUUCCAUUUCUCAACACUUUAAACACACUGAAGAUAUUACCAGUGAGAGUCACUGCUCAGUUAGAGAUGUAGAUGGUGAUGGUUAUGAUGGAUGCAGUCAUAUUGUAAUUAAUUUAGUUACUAAAGUUUUGACAGUUUGUUAUGAAAUUCCACUGCUGACAAUAUUGAAUGACUGUAAAUACAUAGUGUACUCUCCACCAGUUACUGUGCAUAAAAACCUGUCUCACCAAAGAAGCCAUUGUAGAAGAUCAGAGUGCAUCUGGACUGGAACAGAGAAAAGCUGUUGUUUUCUGAUACAUACUGUACUUUCACACACACACGUUCACUGUGUCAAAGAGAGCGGAGACAGCGGUGAUAGCUGUAUAUGGUGGAUGAGGCCAUUUGAAGGGACAAGGGUGAUCAUAAAUCACACUAAGGGGAAAACCUGGGCAUGGCCGCAAACAAGACGCCACCAGAACACCUGGAAAAAAUACAAUCAAAGUCUGAAACCAGGAUGCAGCAACAGUAGCAUCAGGCUGAGGAGGAAAUCUUGUAAAUGUUUUCUUAACUUUUGCAAUACUGAAACAUUAUGAGUGUUUAAGCAUGAUUUUCUAUAUGUGAUUUGCUAAUGAGAUAUAUUGUUUUAUGGAUUAGUGUUACUGUCAAAGCUUGAGGAAGUGAUGAUGAUGAUGACGAUGAUGAUGCAAUGUCUGGAAAUGAUUGGUGACUGUUUUAUGCAAUGACUGAUAUUUAAUAGGUUGAUUUAAUCACUUAUGCUAAUGAGUGAUUAUGAUGGUGGUUUGAUGAAAAGUAAUUGUGUUUUUGCCAGUUGAUUAAAACAAAAAA